CGACGAAACGUAAUUUGGUUAGGCAUGAAAAAAAGCAUGCGGGUGUGCGUUACCCAUGUACUAGGUGUUCCAUUACAUUCAGUUACAAGACCAACCUCAUCAGACAUUUAAAAAAAUUUCAUGGUGGCAUCCCAGCCCCGCUGACAGAAAAUAUUCAAAUCGCGCCACACAUUUUUGUUCCCAACAUACCAGCUGGAGCGUCUUCCAUGAAUCCAGGACCUACCACCCAAAACGAUAGCAUAUUAACAGUACGAAAUAUCCAAACUACUCCCCUAUCAACCGAACAAGAUAAUGCGAUGGAUGAAUUUUUGGGCAACCUUGGUGACGAUGAAUGUAUGGAAGUUCUAACCACCGUCGAAAAUCUUGGACUCUGUGAUACGGAAGACUCAUACACUACGGGUGAAAACGGGAAACGUGUUUCUUUGGCCAACACAAAGUCAGCUAUCAUUGCAAAAAAAGCGCGCUUGAAUCUAGUACAGUCCCCUGGGUUUGUGGAAAUCUCGUCUUCCUCGAACCGUACAGUCACCUGGUAUUACAUUAAAAAUAUGAGUAAUAUAGAAAAUUAUGUAUACUUCCUUGAUUCGAUUAAAUCAGAACUUGUCAAGCUAUUAAAAUCAAUUGCGUGCAAACAUCCUAUAAAGUUCAAUUUAAAGCUAGAGGCAACAUAUAAUAUUCCACACGUAGAAUAUUCGUCUGAAAACCGUGCUUUUAAAACUGCAGCUAGGGCGAUUUUCACUGAUACUGGAGUACAAGAAAUCGUUGAAGAGGCAUUUACAAAAUUAAUGACAGAACAAACCGAGUAUUCGAGCAAGGGUAGUGGCUUUACUUUACAGUGCAUAGACGGUUUAAUGUUAGGUGUAUAUAAAUAUACACCUAUGGUUGGAUCUUCCUACAUGGCAUUACCAGAUCCAAUAAAAAAUAAAAAAGCCACUAUCAACCCGCAAAACCUGGACAUGCAAUGCUUCAAAUGGGCAAUUCUUGCUAGGCAUGUUACAGGAAAAAAUAAAGCUUAUGUUGGUGAAAAUUAUUUUGAACACGAAGGACGGUAUAAUUUUUCUGAUCUUUCGUUCCCGACACCUCUUCACCAAGUAAAAAUUUUUGAAAGAAAUAAUCCGAACGUGUCUGUCAAUGUUUACGGUAUUCAAAAGCAAUUUCAACCACCAAAAGUUGUUAAAUACCAAGUAUUUCCAUUAAAAGUAGUGGAUGAAGAAAAACCCGAACAUUUCGAUCUACUAUUAAUAUCAGACGAAGAUAACAACCACUUUAGCUACAUCUCAAAUUUUUCUAGACUCAUUCGCUCGCAAAAGACCAAACAUAAUGGACAAACAAUUUUUUGUAAACGGUGCUUCACGUCAUUCGAUGGACAACAGUACAAAUAUAAAUUGAAUGGAGAGGCUGGACUAGCGCAACAUAAACUGAUAUGUGGCACUCAUAAGCCCAUACUACCUCAGAUGCCUGAACCUGGAACAAUGCUAGAGUUUACAGGGUGGAAAAAAACACAACGUCAUCCGAUAGUAAUUUACGCAGAUUUUGAAGCAUUGCUUAAAAAAAGUGAUGAGAAAAUUGGAGACAAAACAACAGCUUUUCAAAACCAUGAAGCGAUGAGCUAUGGAUUUUUGGUUAAGGCGAAUGAUGACAUACCACUCGAACUACUUGAAAAAUUUAAUAUUCCGACUUCACCAAUUAUUUAUCGUGGAAAUGAAAACAACCCGGACGUUGCAAAACAUUUUGUCGAUAGUAUUGUGGAAAUAGCUGAGAAAAUAGAAAAAUUACUGAAAACAAACACCCCUAUCAUUUUCACCGAUGACCAACGAAAAACACACGAGUCAUGUUUGAAGAAAAGUAUGUCUCAUUCUCAAAAUAUGUAA